AUGAGAAAUUUUGGAGCAGCUGUAGCUGCCGCUGCAAUCUUUAGCAAGGCUGCGCUCGCAGCAGUAGAUCCUAUCGUGAUCAAGGGAUCCAAAUUCUUCUACCAAACUAAUGGCACUCAAUUCUUCAUGAAGGGUAUUGCUUAUCAGCAAGAAUAUGCACCCAACGGCGGCAGCACGUCUGCCAAUUCCACCAAUACCGAUUAUACCGACCCUAUUUCCGAUAGCUCAAGCUGCGAAAGAGAUAUUCCAUACUUACAGCAAUUGGGUACAAAUGUUAUUCGAGUCUACGCAAUCGACCCGACACAGAGCCACGACAAGUGCAUGAACGCUCUCGCCGAUGCAGGAAUUUACGUUAUUGCCGAUCUUUCUGCUCCGGGACAGUCAAUCAUCCGAAGCAGCCCAUCGUGGAACGACGACCUGUACACGAGAUAUACCACGGUCGUUGAUGCCUUGGCCGGGUACACCAAUACCCUCGGUUUCUUUGCAGGCAACGAAGUAACCAACAACGCCACCAACACCGACGCCUCUGCUUUUGUUAAGGCAGCAGUCCGGGAUACAAAGGCAUACAUCAAGCAAAAGAAUUACAGGACGAUCGGCGUUGGCUACGCUACUAGCGACGACGCCGAUAUCCGAGAGCAGGUAGCUGAUUAUUUCGAUUGUGGCAACGAUAGAGCCAGUGCCAUUGAUUUCUGGGGUUAUAAUAUCUACUCGUGGUGCGGCAACUCCACUUAUGAAGAAUCUGGCUUCGACCAGAGGACCGCAGAGUUUCUAAACUACAACGUCCCUGUCUUCUUCGCUGAGUACGGCUGCAACGAAGUCGAACCCAGGACAUUCACUGAGGUUGAGGCCCUUUACGGCGAUCAAAUGUCACCUGUGUGGUCCGGAGGCAUUGUCUACAUGUACUUCCAGGAAGCGAACAACUAUGGUCUCGUCUCGGUCUCGGGCAAUUCGGUCUCUACCCUCGCUGACUUUGGUUACCUCUCUCGACAGAUUGCGGCAGUCACUCCAUCUUCGGUCAACUCGGCAGAUUACAAUCCAACCAACACGGCUGCGGCUGCCUGCCCAUCCGUCGGAUCGCAGUGGGCUGCUUCGAACAACUUGCCGCCUACACCGAACCGCGAGCUCUGCCAAUGUAUGUACAGUGCUUUGACCUGCGUGCCUCAUGACAUCUCUCUCGAAGAAGCUGGUGAUCUUUUCGGUACUGUCUGUGGUCUCGGUGCAAACUCCGAUGUGUGCGCUGGUAUUACAAACAACGCAACCACUGGUAAUUAUGGUGCUUACGGAAUGUGCAAUGCCACCGAGCAGCUCGGAUGGGCUCUUAAUGCCUACUACCUCGCCCAGCCUGGUAAUAACCGAGCCUCUGCUUGUGACUUUGGCGGUUCUGCAACUACCAAGGCUUCAGUCUCUCCAACGGGACAAUGCAAGUCCUUGAUCGCUGAAGCCGGUCCUCAAGGCACGGGCACCGUCACUUCUGCACCAACUGCCACUGGUGGUUCAAGUGGCUCUCGCUCCAGUGGCAGCGGAAGUGGAAGCGGCAAUGCUGCUCCACGGGUUGGUAGCAAGGCUGUUUUCGGCACAGAAAUCGCCAUUGCUACCUAUUUGAGUUUGGCCUUUGUCAGCGGAGUGUGUAUGAUUUUCUUGUAA